AUGAUUUUUUAUCGAUUUUUUUUGGUUUUCGUGCCAAUUUUCGCGCAAGUUACGCUAAAUUUGAAUAAUAUUAGUGAGUUUGACAGCAAAAAAAUUUUUUUCGCGAAAAUCUGAAUUUUCAGAACGUUUUCAAACUGUGGCCAGUGAUACGGUAUCUACAGUAGCCCAAACUACAGUACCCUUGACUACAGUACCCUUGACUACAGUACCACUAAAUUGUAAUGCAGGCUGUCUAACCGGCUGGAUACCGUACUCCGGAAAUUGCUACAAAAAAUUCGAGGCUACAGUAACGCAAAGUGAGGCCGAGGGUUACUGUAGUGUGUACGGUGCACAUUUGGCGUCAAUUGAAUCGGGUCUCGAAGCGACCGCCGUGAAAUGUGAGUACUGUAGGGUAGGGUACUGUAGAUUUUGAUUUUUUUUUUCAGAUUUGAUUCUGGAGUCGCCUUUCAAUGUGGCUUCUGGGAAUUUGGCCGGGUUUUUGAGCUCUAGUCAGAAUGCGUGGAUUGGAUUGAGCAAGACGGUGAGUACUGUAGAUGGGUUACUGUAGAUGGGGUACUGUAGAUGUCAAGGGUUGGCUGCUUGAGAGGGAGACCUGGUGUCAAGAGUUGGCUGCUUGAGGGAUCAACUAGAUGACAAGGGUUGGCUGCUUGAGGGGCAAACUAGGUGUCAAGGGUUGGCUGCUUGAGAGGUAGAUCAGGUGUCAAGAGUUGGCUGCUUGAGAGGGAGACCUGGUGUCAAGGGUUGGCUGCUUGAGGGGUCAACUAGAUGUCAAGGGUUGGCUGCUUGAGAGCUAUACUAGGCGUCAAGGGUUGGCUGCUUGAGAGGUAUACUAUGUGACAAGGGUUGGCUGCUUGAGAGCUAUACUAGGUGUCAAGGGUUGGCUGCUUGAGGGGUCAACUAGGUGUCAAGGGUUGGCUGCUUGCAGGCAAACGGAGCCUGGAGCUGGACCGAUUCCUCCGAAGUGCUCUACACAAAUCUGCCAAGCGGAGAAUCGACAACUGGAGCAAGUUGUGCUACGGUAUUUUUUAGAUUACUGUAGAUUACUGUAUUUUCAGUGUACUUUUUUUAGGUUAACGGAACCCUUUGGCAGCCCAAAAGCUGCUCUUCAACAUCUACCGCCUAUAUAUGUAAAAUGGCUCAAAGUUCAUGA